AUGAUGCUAGCCAAGCUUGCCCUCCUCGCUUCACCAGCCUUUGCUGCUGUCAACGAGCCCUGCUACGGCCCCAACGACCUCGCAGGCGUCUGUGUCUCGACAUCUGCCUGCUCUUCGGCCGGCGGCACCUCACACAACAACCUCUGCCCCUGGGAUGCAGCAGACAUCAAGUGCUGCACCAAACCUUCCUGUCAGGGCUCCUCCUCCGCCUGCGGCUGGACGUCCGAUUGCGCAGGCACAUCGACGCCUGGCCUCUGCCCUGGACCUAGCCAGAGCCAGUGCUGCAGCUCCACGGCCAACGGAUGGGGUGGCUAUCCCGCACCCAGCUUCCCGGCGGUGGGUUCUUGCAAGGCUGUCGCGGUGGACGGUGCCAGAACUGUCGUCGCCCAGUUCCCCGGCCGAGUGAGGGAGAUUUUCUGUAUUCGGGACUGCGCCUGUCCUGGAAGCUCGGACCAUUGCUGCGGCAUGGCGAUUGACUACAUGAUUGCCGACGGUGGUGGUCAAGCUACGCUUUCAGGUAUCGAUAUCGCCGAGUGGGUCAUGGAACAGGGCUCCGCCAUGAAUUUGAAGUAUGUCAUCUGGGGACAGAAGAUCUGGCACAUUUCCACGGAUGGCACGCCCAAGCCUUGGAGCCAGUGGCGAACGAUGGAGGACCGUGGUGAUAUUACGCAGAAUCAUUGGUAA